AUUUCUAAUCUCUCUCCGUUUACUUGUUCAUUAUCGGGCUGCUCAAUCUCCAAAACAAAACUGGGGGAAAAAAAGAUAAACCCACAAUUAUAUUGAUGAUCUUCUGGGUUCUGUUAUGCAUUGGGUUGAAUGUGUAUCUUUGGCUGUUUGGAUACUUUGCCUUAUGCGGUGGGUUAUGAGUUGUCUAGCAGUUGGUUGCGUCCAUUGGAGAAAGGAGAUUGGGUUUUGAUUGGCUGAGAGAGAUAGAGAGAGACACUAGUGAUUGGUGAUAUAUGUGCUAUAUCGUUUAGCCAUUUGCUUCUUCUGAAAACAAACAAUGAGUGGAGGCCGUGUGUCUCCAAGAACUGAAAAAUUCUCUGUCAAAUAUAAAAGUAAUCCAUUGCAUGGGGCGUCCUUCGAGAUUGUAGAUGAUAUUUCUCCUGUAAAUGACAAAUGUAGCAUUAGUAAUUGUGAUCCCCAACCCUCUGAGAGGUUAAGCACAGCGGACCUAAUCUCUGCAGUAGGCUAUGCGUGUGGUUAUGCUAGGAAGUCUCUCUCUGUUUUUCUGCCUAAGAGUAAUGCGGCAUACAAAUCUAAGGUUUUUCGGGAAGGUGGGAUACUCCAUUAUUCCACAGAAGAAGGAACUUCUCAUACAGCUACUUCAGCUGGUGAUCAACCUUGCUCGGUCUUCUACUUGUCUAGUAAAGAAAAGUCUAUAGAGCUUGUGGAAGAGAAUCAAGAGUACUCUAGAGAUAGUCAUGGAGCUUCUUCUUUCUGGAGGAUAGUCCUUGCAAGGUCCAAGUUGAUGGAGGGGACCUCCAUGGAGGAUUGUCUUUUGAGUGCAGUAAUACCUUCGAAUUUUGGGAGGAUAUAUAAUUGGAUGAGUAAAAUAGCUCCUUGUAAGCCAAAGAAUCUGGUAAACUCUGAGAUUGAGAUCAAUAGGAUGGUUGACUAUUACGACGAUUGUUGUUCAACAAAUUCAGGUGAUAAAAGUAGUUCGUUUCAUAGUUUAGCUACGGGAAUAUCUACUUCUAAGCUGGAAAUUUUAGAACCUUUAGAUUUAUCUUCUAAAAAUGCUGCCAACUUUGACUUGAAGCCAUCAACUUCAACAUGCUCAGAAGAAAAGGAUGCCGUGCUACCUAUUGAAGCAACUGAUUGCAUGAUCUCUACAUCAAGAUGUGAUCCGGACUCCCAAGAUACCAAAUUAGCAUCGCAUAGUUAUGAUUGCAAAAAUUGCAUAAAGGAAAGUAGGGAAGGCACAUACGAGGACCAAAAAGAUCAAGAGGCAACGUAUGUCAAAUCAGAUUCCUCUGAGGCUGAUAUCAGCCUGUUUGGAAAGAGAAAACCUCAAUAUGCACUUGCAAAACAAGAACAUGCUUUUGCUGGAGCAAUGGCAGGGAUAUUUGUCAGCCUUUGUCUACAUCCUGUGGACACAGUUAAGACAGUGAUUCAGGCAUGCCAUACUAGCCAGAAACCCUUCCACUAUAUAGGCAGAUCUAUUAUUGCUGAGAGAGGUAUAUUGGGGCUUUACCGUGGCAUCUCCAGCAACAUUGUAAGUUCGGCUCCAAUAUCUGCUCUCUAUACCUUCACGUAUGAAUCAGUGAAGAAAAGUUUGCUUCCUCUUCUUCCCAAGGAGUAUCACUCGUUGGCCCACUGCACAGCAGGGGGUUGUGCAAGUAUUGCUACGUCAUUCAUUUUUACUCCAAGCGAACGUAUAAAACAGCAGAUGCAAGUUAGUUCACACUACCGGAACUGCUGGACUGCCUUGAUACAAGUUCUCCAGAAAGGUGGCUUGCCUUCGCUGUAUGCUGGAUGGGGAGCUGUGCUCUGCAGAAAUGUUCCACAUUCAGUCAUCAAGUUUUACACUUAUGAAAGUCUGAAGCAGAUUAUGCUGCCAUCAAUCCAAUGGAACACUCAAGCUAAUAUACUAACGACGUUAGUCUGUGGAGGAUUGGCUGGAUCUACAGCUUCGUUGUUUACAACUCCAUUUGAUGUUGUCAAGACAAGAUUGCAAACCCAGGUUCCUGGAUCAAUGACCAAGCGUAGUGGUGUACUUGGUACUCUUAAUGAAAUAUGGAAGCAUGAAGGGUUGAAUGGUGUCUAUAGGGGCUUGACUCCAAGAUUAGUCAUGUACAUGAUCCAGGGAGCACUUUUCUUCGCAUCCUAUGAAUCUUUCAAGAGACUGUUCUAUCUGGACUUAUCCGCGACUGAGUGCUCAGACAUUGCAGCACAAACAGAAGAAUGAAGACGAUUCAAAGACAUUACCUGCUGCUGCUGCAUAAUGUGUGCGCAUUAUAUUGAAGAUGAAAUCUGAUUCCUCCGGCCAAGAUCUCGAUGUGCAGGCUUCGAGGAGACCUAGCACAUGGCGUUUCGAUGAUAUGGAGCAACGCGGAUUCUUGCAAGUGCUGUCUGAAAUGUAAUUGAAAAUGUGAAAUUUUGUUGUAUUUUUGCUGCAGAGUUAGUAUAGUAAACAUUUUUGGCGAACAGAUUUGUUGAUCAUUCAAUACAAAUUUGUUUAUCUUCUCA